UAAACAAUGUGGGAAAACCCUCUGUUUUCCCAGUUCUCUUCGAUUUCAUGAAAGGAUUCAUAAUGCAGAAAAAACUUUAUGUAUGUAAACAGUGUGGUAAAGCUUUCAAAUGUCAAAGUUACCUUCGAAUGCAUGAAAGAACCCACAAUGCCGAAAAAUGUUAUGACUGUAAACAGUGUGGUAAAGUUUUCAGAAGUCACUGUUCCCUUCAAAGACAUAAAAUAGCUCAUCCUGGGGAAAAAACUUAUGCAUGUAAACAGUGUGGUAAGUCCUUCACUUACCCAUAUUUACUUCAGACACAUGAAAGAUUUCACACUGGAGAGAAACCAUAUAAAUGUAAGCUGUGUAGUAAAGCCUUCCUUUGUUCCUCUCUUCUUCAAAUACAUAAAAGAACUCAUACUUGGGGAAAACCCUAUAUAUGUAAACAGUGUGGUAAAUCCUUCAGAAGUCACAGUUCCCUUCGAUUGCAUGCAAGGGCUCAUACUGUAGAGAAACCUUAUAAAUGUAAGAUAUGUAGUAAAGUGUUUUUAUGUCCUCCUUUCCUUCAAAGACAUGAAAGAGCUCACACUGAGCAAAAGCCCUUGGAAUGUAAGCAAUGUAGUAAAAUCUUCAGGGAUUGGAGUACCUUCCAAGAACAUGAAAGAUCUCAUAUUGUAGAAAAGCCCUAUAAAUGUAAGCUGUGUAGUAAAGCCUUUUUUUAUCUCCCUUCACUGGAAAGACAUGAAAAGAUUCAUAAUGAAGAAAAAUACUAUGCAUGUAAAUAUGCAUGUAAACAAUGUGGUCAGUCCUUCAUUUUUCCUUGUUUACUUGAGAGGCAUUUAAGAACUCACACUGAUGGAAAACCCUAUGAAUGUAAGCAGUGUGGUAAAGCAUUUAGAAGUCUAACUUAUGUUCACAUACAUAAAAGAACUCACACUGAAGAAAAACUAUAUACAUGUAAACAGUGUGAUAAAAGUCUCAGUUGUCCCAGUGCCCUCCAGUUACAUGAACUAACUCAUACUAGAGAAAAACCCUAUGCACAUCUGCAAUUUGAUAAAACUGUCAGAAAACUCAGUUAUUUUCAAGUACCUGAAAAGACUCAUACUGAAGAAAAAGCUUAUGAAUAUAAGCAGUGUGGUAAAAUUCUCGAUUGUUCAAGUUCCCUUCUGCUACAUGAAAGAAUCCACAGUGGAGAGAAGUCACAUGAAUGUAAACAAUGUGGUAAAACCUUCACAAUUCUUAGUAGUCUUCGAGGACAUGAAAUAUCUCACAGUAAUGAGAAACCCUAUGAAUGCAAGCAACGUGAUAAAGUUUUCAGUCUUAGUAAUAUACAUGAAGGAAAUUCAUCUGAAUGUAAGCAGUGUGGCAAGUCCUUUGUUUCUCGAUAUUUACUUCAAAUGCAUGAAAGGUCUCAUUCUGCAGAGAAACGCUAUGAAUGUAAGGUAUGUGGUAAAACCUUCAUUUAUCCCUCAUUUCUUCAAAGACAUGAAAGAACACAUACUGGAGAAAAACCUUAUGGAUGUAAACAAUGUGGUAAGGCCUUCAGAGUACAGAGCUCCCUUCGAUUACAUGAAAUAACUCAUUCUGAGGAAAAACCUUAUGAAUGUCAACACUGUGGUAAAGCCUUCUGGCGUCUCCCUUCUCUUCAAGUACAUGAAAGAAUCCAUACUGGAGAAAAACCCUUUGAGUGUAAACAAUGUAGCAAAACUUUCAGAUGUCACAGCUCCCUUCAGAGACAUGAAAGAACUCAUAGUCAUGAAAAACCAUAUGAAUGUAAACAGUGUGGUAAGGCCUUUAGAUGUCACCGGUCCCUUCAAAGACAUGGAAAAACUCAUGCUGGAGAAAAAGCCCCAUGAAUCUGAACAGUACAAAAACUUGUAGACUUUCUAACUUCCUUCUAAUGUUUGAAAACACUCCUGAGAAAAAAAUCUGGUAGUAUAAAAUGAGAUGAAAGCUUCAGUUUUUGUUUGUAAACCAUAAACUUAUGCAGAAAGUCCAGUCAGUAAAACGUGUUAAAAUAUUCAGUUCCAAGCUGGGCAUGGUAGCGCAUGCCUUUAAUCCUAGUACUGGGGAGGCA